GUGCAAGGCGUUUCGGACCGAUGCCAGAGCUGCCCCGUCGAACCCCCGCGACCCAAAGGAAGGAAACGACGACGCGUUUGAGGAAAGUGCCGCAGGAACGAGAGUUUCGUUCGUGAUAUCACAUGCUUUCUCGGGUGGCCGAUCGUUGUCGAUCUGUCUGCUGUCACUGAGUCAGGCUACUUACCGCUGUGUAAUCGCUUCGUCAUCCCCUCUCCCAUCAUCGUCAUCCCUAUUCCUUCCCGCCAUGUCCCGGAAAGAACAAGCAGACAGGAUCCGCAAAAUCAACCGCAACGGUCAAGCGCUUGUCAACCGAGUCUUGGCACGGCACAAGAGGUUUCCCCUACGAAUCGUAACAUGGAGGACGAUCUUGAAACCGGGUUGGAAAGAGGCUCUGCAGCGACUCUUGCCUUUCACAGCGCUGUUGUUGUUUCUGGCGCCUUUUACCACCGUUCAGAGCGAUUCGUGGUGUCUUGUCAAGUCACAGGGAGGAUAUCUUUCCGCUUGGGAUGGAUCAGCGUGGAACAGCUUCAUGAACGACUCGGCGCAGACGACCUCUUCGGACGUCGUGGGACCCUGGACGAUCCGAUCAUCAGAAUGGGGGCUGCUACGACUCCUGCCAGCUCUAACGAUCAUCAAUCUUUUUCUCUUCCUCUGGUGCAGCUGGGUCGCCUAUCAUAUCUGGCACGAUGUCAAGGCGAACAUCAUCCUUCCUCACUCACAGCCGGCAGUCUCGGCAGCUUCUAACUUUUUCGCCUGUUCAGGCGGUCUCGCUGCGGCAUAUGGGGCGAUGUUCUGCAUCGAAUUGAAUGGGUGGGAUUGGAGAGCCGCCUAUCAGUCGACGGGUUUGACCUCCUCACAGCCGUCCGGGCUAGCGAAGAGGGCGCCUAGUGAUCAGCUAAAACUAGGUCCUGGUCUGUACAGCGCUUUCGCAAGUCCUUGCGUUGCAGCUGUUUGGUUUGGCUUGUUGUGGUAUCAACAGCAUCAAGCGGCCAAAGAAGACCAGCGGGACGAAUCGGAAGUAGCAGAUGGCGAUCAGAAAGUUUGAGACGCGGCGGACGCAGUGUGUGAUGCAAUUUCGAGGAAUGUCUGGGGUUACUGCUACAGUACACAAGCACGAUCUCAUCACAUAUGCGCUUGAAUCGAUCGUUCAUUCAAGGUCACAGGGUCUGAUCGGACAACGGACAGCGCACUUGGUCUCCC